UGUCUCGCACUCUUCUUAGCAUCAAGUUUGUGCUCGCUGCAUCUCGCCCCCGAUUCGUGCUCUUUCCGCAAUCCCAGUCUCGGAUCGGAACCGUAUUUCGCUGGCAAAAACCCUAUGCCUUCAGGCGAGGAAUUCAUGUCCUCCCGAUCUAGCCCUUCGAGGAUUCCCGAGCGGGGAUGGCGAUCUUGAAGCGAGGGUGUCAAUUUUCGGUCAAAUUGUAAGGGGUUUCGAGAGUGGAUUACAUGAAAGAUCUCUUUGGUCGGACGAAGGUUUCGGUGAGGCGCUUGCCGCCGUCUAUGGUGCAGGCGGCGCUGGUGGAUCAGAUCGACAGCAAGUUCGCCGGCCGCUACGAUUGGUUCUGCUUUCGCUCCGGGAAGAAUAGCCAAAAAGACCAGAGACAUUCACGGGCAUACAUCAACUUUAAGAGACCGGAAGAUGUAGUUGAGUUUGCUGAGUUCUUUGAUGGACACAUAUUUGUCAAUGAGAAGGGAGUUCAGUUCAAGGUUCUUGUAGAGUAUGCACCAUCUCAACGAGUUCCGAAACCAUGGUUAAAGAAAGAUGGCUGUGAAGGAACUAUAUUGAAGGAUCUCGAAUACAUGGAGUUUCUUGAGCUUAUAUCAAAGCCCGUGGAACGUCUUCCUAGUGCUGAAAUUCAGCUGGAGAGGAAAGAGGCUGAAAGAGCUGGAGCUACUAAGGAAGUACCCAUAGUAACACCAUUGAUGGAUUUUGUUCGACGAAAAAGAGCAGCUAAACAUGGUGUUCAGAGAUUAUCUGGCAGCAGUAAAGUUCGUAAACGAACUCCAGGAGUUUCUUCUAGCUCUUCAAGACCUUCAGCUAAAAGAGGUUCUGAGAAGCGUAGAGUUGCGACUUCAACUGUUGUGCUUAGGGAUGGCAUGAAAAAGAGGGCUUCUAAAGACAAACCAACCUACUUAUUAAUGUCGAGGAAGGAAGACAAUCAGUCUGCUGUGGGCAAAUCUAUUUCUGUGCUUUCUACAAUGGAAAAGGAAACACAAGAAAUUGAAUUUGAUCCAGGAGUUGUUGGAUCUGAAAAUGACAGACUUGUGCUUCUGAAAGUGAAGGAGAAAGAAUCUUCUGAUGCUUCUAAAGUUUUGUCAUCACACCAGAUUGUGACAUCUUCAGUAAGAAGUUCACCAAUUUCAACAUCUAGGAAGAACCAUGCAAGUGGAAAGAUCAUUAGAAGCAUACUCAGAAAGGAAGGUCGCAUGGAUCAAUCAUAUAUAAGUACAACCCACACUGAGCAGCUAAAGGAUAUGGCAAAAGUGGAGUACAAGCAUCCACCACGAUCUCCUAGUGCAGACUUGAACUCAAAAGAUCUCACACACUAUAGUUUUUCAUUCACAUCUUUUUCUGAUGGCGAUGAUAAUAAAUAUACAGAUGAUGUGUCUGUCAUAGACAAUAAACAUGGUUCUGUAUCAAUUAGCAAAAAGCAUGACAGGCGAACUAGGAAUAAGGAAAUGCCUGAUCAUGGUGUUUGGGCUCCUCUUCAUCAUCCAGUCAGAUCUCAAUCCAAUGAUGGAAUUCCUUCAUCUUCUGAAGAUGCUCAGGGUUUAGCAAAUUCUUUCAAAAGCUUCUUUUCUCAACGGGCAUCAAGGAAAAUUGAAGAGAUAGCCAUUCAAAAUGCUUGCAUUGGACAAAGCAACAAUUUGGCUUUCUAUGAAACAUCACUUGGUCAUGGAGAAAGAAAAACUAAUGUGUCUUCUGCAAGAAGUGAAGGUAUGAAGGUCCAUGGAGGUGGACGAGUUGACUAUUCCUCAGCGGAAAAUGGUUCUCAUAGGCAUGCUGGUCAUCGUGGAUCAGUAUGUCGUCAAAAGGAUGUGAUUACCUCUCUGAAUCUUUCAAAAGGCAAGAGUUCCAAGAGAGGUUCUACUGUCUAUAGUUCCCAUGAGAGACAAGUAUGGGUUCAGAAGUCAGGCUUCGGCUCCUGAAUUUUGUACUGACCGCUGAAAUUUGACUAAUCAGAGAGACAUGUCACUAAUAGGAAAUACACAGCCAUCCUUUAUGAUCAUAUGUUCCAAGCACCAUAUUCCUAUAAUGAAACUUUGAACUCGUGCAGUCAACCAUUGCCUUCUUCAACACUUCAUGCUCGCUUUCUCAAGAUCUCACCUCUACCUUUAUGAUCAUAUGUUUGUAGAUUUGUCCAAUUGUGGAAGUGUUUGGCUUGGAGCCAUUUUUUGAGUUCUUGGUUACGUGAAGUGCAUAGUGCAAUGCCUCUCUGGGUAAAUUCUACUCGAAUUAUGCUAUUACUGAAUUGCUCCCCAAGUACAGCUAUAACUCCAGUUGAAUGAAGAAAGCACAGACUAAACUAGUUAACAGGUGAAAUAAAUUUGCUUUUCUGCAAGUUGCUGUGAAGCAUGAUCUACUUGAAUGGAAGCUUAAGUUUGUCAAGGAUGGUGAUUGUAGUUGGCCUGGAAGGUGAGGCCAUUCUCCCACAGCAUCAAACAAUGUUUGGCUAAGAUAUUUUUGACGUAUUAUAGCACAGUAUCCCCUCGAGUAGCUUAUGUAGAAGAGCUAAGAGCCUUUUUGGAGCUAGUCUCUUAGUAGAAAGGUGUAAAUAAUACUGUGCCCAUUGUUUAUAGGUUUAUAUAUGACCGUGAUGCUUCUCUGAACUGCUUUUGGUUUUGCCAUUAGUAGCUUUAGUGAGGAGAUUGCAGGUUGAGAAAGUCAAGCCAAGUGAAAAGUCUUCUGUGCAAUUAACCCCUUGUUUUAUUUUGAAUCUUUUAGCUCUAUAAUUUAAACUAUUUUAGGGUCUUAUUCUAAA